AUGAAAUUCAUAUUCCUGGAGGAAAUGAUAUCCGUUGCUCAAGACUCCUUCUACAAACUAUAUGCAAGUGUAGAGUUGAAAAAUGGUAUCAGAGGAGUCAAUGACUAUAUUGUUGUCACUGAAGAAAAUGGAAACACAAUAAGAAUGAAUAACCGAACUGGAAUAGGAGGGAACCUUUAUAGAUAUAUAGUAACUCCUGGAGGUGAGAUGACGAUCGAAGUGGUUACGAAGAAUCUAUUCAUGAACACAAAGAUGGCGAUCAGUGUGUAUUAUCGAGCAUACUGCAAACAACUUCAAAUCUCAGACGGCCAAACUAUUUCUAUCCCUGGAAACUCUUUACAACCAAUACCUGCACAUUACUCGUGUACUUACUUGAUAGCAGCUCCAACCAGCCCUACAACAGGAUUAUAUGCAAAUGUUACACUGAUAAGCAACAUGAAUGGAAUUCAGGAUAAAAUUAUAGUGACAGAUAUAACAGGAGCCAACGUUUGGGACCGUGAUAUAAAUUAUUAUAAUUACAUUGUCAUACCUGGAUCUUCAAUGUCGUUUCAAAUUAAAACUGGGGAAUUGUUCAUGGCUUCGAUGUUUUUGAUCAGAGUGGAGUGGCAUGAAGUAAACAUUGGACCAACUAAACCGAUGAUUCGAGAUGAAAUUAAUUAUGUCGACCUGGGACUAUUGUAA